UAAAAAUUGAGUGAGAAUGAAAUAGAGAAUGGGGAGAAAUUUAAAAGAGAGAGGUUUAUAUAGGGAGAAAAAUGAGACCCGGGGGGGGUUUAAUCCAGUAAUUUUUUAAAUAAUAUUCAUCAAAUACUUCCCCUAUAAUUUUUAGGUAUUUUAUAGCCUCCAUCCCCUAUAGUUCGUCAAAUACUUCUCCUUCCCGAUCUCUUUCCCCUUCCAAUUUCGUAGCAUGAAAACUGCAUUGAAAGCCCUUUUCUUAACAAACCCAAGCCAAAACUUCAACUCUUAUAUUAAAGAAUGUGCUUCUUUAUUAAAGAAUUUCUCAGAAAAAGGCUUGGUCACUGAAGGAACUGUCCUCCAUAGCCAUUUACUGAAGAAGGGUAUUUUUUCUGUGAAAUUUAUAGCUAUCAAGAUGUUAAUAAUGUACCUUGAUUUUAGGAAAUUAGCUGAAGCCAAUCAGAUAGUGAAGGAGUUUAAUAGGUUUGAUUUAGUUGUCCAAAACUGUUUGAUUAAAGCUAAUACAGAAUGGGGAAAUUUGGUUGAAGCUCGAAAACUGUUCGAUGAAAUGCCUGAAAGAAACGAGGUUACGUGGACUAUGUUGAUUUCAGGUUUCAUGAAAUAUGGAAGAUGGGAAGAAUCAAUGUGGUAUUUUGAAAUGAACCCAUUCAAGAAUGUGGUUUCCUGGACCGCUGGGAUAAGUGGGUUCUUGAAAAACGGGUUCAGUUUUCGUGGUUUGAAACUUUUUUUAAGGUUGCUUGAAUCUGGGGUUAAGCCUAAUCAAGUUACUUUUACUUCUGUGAUUAGCGCGUGUAUAGAAACUGGGGACUUUGAGUUGGGAAUGAGUGUUUUGGGACUGAUAGUGAAAGCGGGGUUUGAGGAUAAUGUCUCGGUUUGUAACUCUUUGAUAACAUUUUGUUUAAGGAUGCGUGAAUUUGAUUUGGCAAGGAGAGUGUUUGAUCGCAUGGAAACAAGAGAUGUCAUCUCUUGGACAGCGAUUUUGGAUAUGUAUGUGGAGAUGGGGGACUUGGGAGAGGCAAGGAGGAUUUUUGAUGAGAUGCCAGAAAGAAAUGAAGUUUCUUGGAGUGCAGUUAUUGCUAGGUAUAGUCAGAGUGGUGAUCAUCUAGAGGCCUUGAAACUCUUUCGACAAAUGGUUCAAGAAGGCCUUAGGCCGACUGUCUCUUGUUUUUCUUGCAUUCUUAGUACAUUGUCUAACGUUAAGAAUUUACAAGCAGGGAGGAACAUCCAUGCUCAUGUUAAGAAAAUUGGGAUCGAGGGAGACGUUUUCAUCAGUAGUUCUCUUGUUGACUUGUACUGUAAAUGUGGAGAUACUAAAGAUGGGCAAUUCAUUUUUAAUUCCAUCAAAAAGAAGAAUGUGGUUUCAUGGAAUGCUAUGCUUGGUGGCUAUAGUAUGAAUAGACAAAUGGAUGAAGCUAAGUAUUUCUUUGAUAACAUGCCUACUCGAAGUAAUGUCUCUUGGGGUAUUAUAAUUGGUGGCUAUGUAGAAAAUAAGCAAUUUGAUAAGGUGUUUGAAGUAUUCAAUGAAAUGCUUUUGUCUGGGGAAACUCCAACAAAGCUCACUUUCUCGAGUGUGCUUUCUACUUGUGCUAGUGUGGCUUCGUUGGAAAAAGGCAAGGAUAUCCAUGGAAAGAUCUUAAAACUAGGGUUCCAUUAUGAUGUUUACUUGGGGACUGCCUUAACUGAUAUGUAUGCAAAAUCUGGUGAUAUUGAAAGCUCUAAGCAGGUCUUUGAUAGAAUGUCAGAGAGAAACGAAUUUUCAUGGACUGUUAUGAUUCAAGGCCUUGCAGAAAGUGGUUUUGCAGAUGAUUCUCUUUUCUUGUUUGAAGAAAUGAAAAGAAGUUCCUCUGUUGCUCCUAAUGAGUUCAUGCUUUUAUCAGUUUUAUUUGCGUGUUCUCAUUGCGGGUUAGUUGAUAAAGGACUUGAGUUCUUUGGUGCAAUGGAGUCAGUAUAUGGUCUAAAGCCAAAAGAAAGACAUUACACGUGCGUAGUAGAUAUGCUGUCUCGAUCUGGACGCUUACAUGAAGCUGAAGAGUUGAUCAAUUCCAUGCCAUUUCCGCCUGAAGCUAAUGCACUGGCAGCUCUACUAAGUGGUUGCAAGACAUACAAAAAUGAGGAGAUAGCUGUGAGAACGGCUCGAAAACUUGGUGAAUUUGCUGAGAAAAACUCCGCUGGAUUAGUCUUGUUGUCAAACAUAUAUGCUUCAGCUGGAAGAUGGGUUGAUGUUUCAAAUGUUAGGAAAUUAAUGAGGGAGAAGGGAUUCAAAAAGAGUGGCGGCUGCAGUUGGGUUGAGGUGAGAAACCAUCUAUAUUCUUUUUAUUCGGAAGAUGGAACACACUCAAAAUUAGCUGAGAUUUACGAUAUCUUGGAGCUCUUGAGAUCUGAAAUGAUGACUCCUUAAAGUAACUUCUUUAACUUACAGUCUUACCCUUUCUUGCUUGUGGAAAUGAUCUGGGAUUUCAUGGGAAUUAUAUGCUGUACAGGCAGUUAAAAGGCAGUAUAUAAGGGUGCAUAAUAUAUGGUGGUUGCAACUGCAUCGUAAACAUCAGAGAGAAAGAAGGGUUGACAGUUCUUGAUUCAAUAUCAGAGCAUUAUAUCUUGGUUUCUAGCCUCUCUACUCAAACCUUCAUACUCAAAACUGUCGAAGUUUAGGCUCAUCUCAGCUACGAAGUAAUCAGAAUUUUGUUUACAAAGGAAAUAGAGUCCGGGUUUCAAUUGUAGAAAGCAAGGUUGAACGGUCUGAGUAAGCAGGUGGAGGGUUGCACAAGUUGAAGAAGACCGUGGACAAAAACCGUAAUCACUGACAGGAGGAGAUUUUCCCCCUCUUAGAAUCGAGAAUCUACCCAUUUUGAUAAUUAUUCUUGUAAAAACUCCGGUGAUCUGACUCUGGCAAUAGCAUCUGUAUCUUCAUACUGGGGAACUUGUAGUUCUCUUUGAAGGUGCUGCACCUUCAACAAUUGCAACCAAUAAAGGCAAAAAUAAUCUGAAUCCUAAUCAUAAGGCCGUCCAGCACAUAGAUUUAUAUAACUUAAAAACUAGGGUGUGCCAAAAGUUGAACUUGAAACAAAGAAAAAGAAAUUUUGCAAUUUCUAGUCUUUC